CUACUUCAGUCAAUCCUCUUUGCCACAAUUAUUCCUGUUUUGCGUCGUUCGUGACUUCAAGAAGUUUAAAUAGCUAUAGGUUUUUUCGUUGGUGUCGAGAGAAAUAUUGUAAUAUUUUUUUUCUAAUAUCAAUAGGAACAUUGUAGAGUUAUUGUCGCAUUAUGCUACGUGUCGGGGUGAAAGUAAUUCGUGCAGGUCUGAAGACCAGGAGUUUCGCCAGUGCUGCUGCCUCUCCGGCAUUCAAAGUUCAGGACAAUGAAGACUUCAAUAACAGGGUUAAAAACUCCAAGGUGCCGGUCAUCAUCGACUUUUUUGCUACGUGGUGCAAUCCUUGUCGUAUGUUGACUCCACGGUUGGAGUCGGUCAUUGAGGAGAAGCAGGGGAAAAUUCUGUUGGCUAAAGUUGACAUUGACGAGAACACCGAUCUUGCACUAGAUUAUCAGGUGGAGUCAGUACCCGUUCUGAUUGCAAUGAAAGAUGGAAAAGUUCUCGAGCGUAUGGUAGGACUCCAGGACACCGACAAGCUGCGGAAAUUCGUUGAUAAAUAUGCCGAGUCUUAAUUAUUGAAUUUCCCCUAUUUUAGUGUAUUUCAAAUAGGCAAAGCAAUUGAUUAAACAGAAAUUUAUUUCGUUGUACAGAACCAUUCGCAUAGUCUAUAUACAGAAUUUUUCUCGCUA